AUGACAAAACCGAUGACGAUAACGACGAUGACAACGACGAUGACAACGACAACGACAACGACAACGACCUCGAUAGCAAUUGAUAGGAUGGUUGUUGAGAUGAGAUGGAAGGAGGGAAAGAGCCAUAAAAUUGGUCAUCAUCAUCGCUUCACUUCAUCAUUAUUUCCAUUACAAUGUAUGACUGAACGUUCGAAUGUGUGUUGGGAGUAUAUUAUUGAUAAUGAUGAUGAUGAUGAUGAUGAUGAUGAUGAUGUUGAUGUUGUUGAUAAUGUUAUCAUAGAUGCUUAUAUUGUUUAUUUUAUUCGAUGA